GUUGGGCUUCAUGUCGCUCUCAUCAACGCUCUUGCGUUCACAACCGCUCGCGCACUCCCUGCUUAAAGCUCGCUCAAUACAAGUGCGCACCGCCGCUAGGACAGCUGCCACGCGACCACCAGCUUCCCUGAAGGAUGAUACCCCCCGCAGAGGUCGAAGUGCCAGGAAGGAACCGGAACUCAUAGUGCCUUCGACAGACACCUUAGAGCUUCCGCCCAUCGACAAUUGGCGAUCAUACUUCGCUGUUCAUCAGCUCGUCGUACGCGACCGUGUCUCAGUUCGGAAUCUAGAGCUUGCAGACAAAUUGGCCUACAGCUUUCUUGACAAUCCGCAUACGUCUUCAGAUGAACCCAAAACCGUCGUAGAGGCUUUUCCAGGACCCGGUCAGCUGUCUCGGGCAUUGUUAAAGCUACCUCCUUCAAAGUUGAAGAAACUCAUCAUCCUCGAGGACCAUGAGCCGUACCUUCAGUAUCUCCGCCCUCUUGAACAAGCAGACCCUCGAGUCAAGAUUGUCCCGCUCAGCGGGUUCACGUGGGCUACUUACACCCAGUUAGAGGAAAUGGGCCUCUUAGCCGACAUUCCCUAUGUUUCUUCUGACGAAGUUCACCCUAGCUUUCACUUCGUUACCCACAUCCCUCAUAGCAUUCAAGGCGAGCAGCUAGUUGCCCAGCUUUUCCGCUGCAUACCAGAGAGCUCUUGGCUCUUCCGCUUUGGACGCGUACCCAUGAGUUUUAUCAUGGGUAAACAUGUGUGGGAGCGCGUAUCUGCCCCUCCCGGUUCACAGCAGCGAUGUAAGUUGAGCGUCAUCGCUGAAGCUACGGCUGAGUUCAGCCUCUCCCUCCCACCAGAGGAUCUUCUGCCAUAUAACGCACAUUGGCACCCCACUGCUGGUGCGCCGAGCGCCACGCAGAAGGCCAAACCCGAGUCGAGAAAACUGGGCCAUCCACUGGUGUCUGUCAAUAUUACCCCGAUGAAGGAGCAGAUCAUUGCCAAGGGCCGUCUUGACGAGUGGGAUUAUGUGCUUCGACGACUUUUUGUUCUCAAAUCGACAGCCUUGAAGAAGGCUAUCGGAUCACUCGCCCCCGGCGCGUCUGUCCUCAUCAAACCAUUGACCGACGAAUCUCUCCCGCUGGAACAACGGGUGGACAUGGCGAAGCAGAUUCGCUUCCUCACACUCGCGGACUGGGCUCUCAUCGAGCGAGCAUUCGAGGCAUGGCCAUUUGCACCCAAACUUGAGGAUCUAUCUAUUGGAGCAUUCCAAGCCGAGCUCGAAAAGUCUAACAAGGGUUAGAUAACUUACGCUCGUGACAGCCUUCUUACCACUUAGAUUCUAUUGUGCACCAUCCGUGCAGAAUAUAUAAUACGAGGUCUACUAUUAAUCAAAAAGUCA